AAUCCUUUUAGUGAAUGUUUUUUGUAUGUUAGGUAUGAGAAAUAGUUAUUUUUGCAAUUUAAGUCCUUAAAGAGGUCAUCAGCAGGCUCUGGGAGCUCGCAGGAGCCAGAUGUGAGUAUUUGGGGCUGUAGCUGACCAAAGCAGCAGGACAUGUGUGCAGUUAAGUAAUAAUUAAGGUUUAAAAAACCCCAAAGAAACCCAUGUAACUGCUGUGACUGUGGGAGCUCAGGGGACGCUCAGUAGUCAUCUUCUUUAGAAUGUCUGGUUGCAAAGGGAUUCGGGAUCUUCUUCUCUUUGCCUCCGGGUCAGCUGUUGUGUGUGUCUGUCCCCAAGCCAAGGGAAUCCAUCACCUUCACAAAAGCUGCCGGGGUUACCUUGAGCUUCUGUUCCCAGCAGGAGCACAGGGCUGAGUCAGUGCUGGCUGCCCAGGGCUGUGACUCAGUGCUGUCCCCUCGAAUGCACGGCCAGGGUGUGCCUGUAACCUCAUUCCAGAGCUGUCCUCUCUCAGUAUCGCCUGCUUAGAGGGGUUUGGCAAUGCUGGGCCGCUUUCCUUAAUUGCGUGUGUUGGUGGAAGUUGGUUGUUACUGAGUUUUUUUUCUGUGUGAUACUGAGCAUCUGUGUAAGUGUCAGGGAGCUCUGAGGCAAGAAGCUUCUCCUGUGUACAGUAUUAUGGUUUUGUCUUCGUGGGCUGUGUUCUUUCUUUACGUUUUAUUUUAACUUUCUUAUUUUAAAAAUGAUUUUGUCAGAUUUAUGUGCUUGAAGAGGAAGGGUGCUUUGUUUUUCUUUUGGAGAAAUGUCUUCCCUGAUGCUCCAGGGUUAGGUCUGUUUGUGGCUCUGUUUCCUGAAGUGAGGAGAGCUGUCUGUACUUCUAACUCAGGAUUGCUUCAUAAAAAUGUCUUUAUUGGGAGCUCUGGCUAUCCUCCUGUGCUUCUAAGCUCGAUUUCCCAUUGCCUGGCAUCACACUGUCAGUGCCCUUGAACGAAAUUGGUCAAUACCUUGAAAAGUCCAUCAGAUUUGGCAAGAGAGUGGAUGUCACAGGUAAGUAUUGAGAAGUUGUAUGAGCACAAGAAUCUGUGAGGAAGGAAAUCUCAGAUGAGUGCUCUGCUACAAGAAAAGCUGUUGCUGGAAUGCAAAUAUUAUUGGACAGAGGAGCUCUGUGGUAGUGAGACAAACAGGAAAUCAAAUUUCAUAAGUAGUUCCAGUAAAAGGUAGGUCCUUAUUUUCCUAAGUAUCCCUUAUUUUCCUUUGUGAAAGUGGAGAGGAGUGAUCUAAGAAGCAUUCUUGUAUCAUCGUAGGUGACAAAGGGAAAAAACAAAAAGUUUGGGUACGGUCCCUCACCCUUCCCUGGGGGCUGAAGCACCAGGGAGAUGAACGAAGAUUUUGAAUUUCCCUAUUAGGGCUCUUGCAGUUUGGAAUAAUGUCCUUUUAUAGGUGUAGGAAAGCACCGGGGUCAGAAUUUUUCCAUGCAGAGUGCUUUUGGCAGAGAUGCAAAAGGAAAGGCUGCUCAGCAGAUUGCAGAGGAGUUUAUGAGUUUAGUUGAUUUUAAAGAGGUUUUAACAGAAUGGAGUUCUUGGACCUAGGUUGCAGAAUCAGCAUGUGUCUCCAAUAGCUAAAAAGACAGAAGCCGUCUCUGCCAGCCAAGGAACCAGCAAAGAUAUUUCACAAUGGAUGUAGACGAUGAAGAAAACAUGAGUCCUGCACCGAAGGCAUUGUAAGUUACUCUUUCUGGGCACCGCAGGUUCGAGCAGCACCGACAUUAAAGAAAACCGCAAUGUGGACAACGUUCCCCCCAAGGACAGCGCCGGGCAGGGGCCCGGGGAGGGGACCCCGCUCUCCAACGGCGGUGGCAGCAGCAGCAGGAAGAGACCUCUGGAGGAGGGCAACAAUUCCAAAUUCCGCCCCAAGAAGAGGAAGAAAACGCCCGGCCCCGUUCUGCCAAAGAACGCCCUGAUGCAGCUGAACGAGAUUAAACCCGGUUUACAGUACAAGCUGCUCUCCCAGACGGGGCCGGUCCACGCGCCCAUGUUUGUGAUGGCAGUGGAAGUCAAUGGGCAGGUGUUUGAGGGGUCUGGCCCAACAAAAAAGAAAGCCAAGCUUCACGCCGCCGAAAAGGCCCUGCGCUCCUUCGUGCAGUUCCCCAACGCCUCGGAAGCCCACCUGGCCAUGGGCAGGACUCUGUCAGUCAACACAGACUUCACGUCCGACCAGGCCGAUUUCCCGGACACCCUUUUCAACGGCUUUGAGACCCCCGUCCCUUCUGACGCUUCCUUUUACCUGGGCUCCAACGGGGACGGCUCCUUUGGCUCCGGCGGGGACUACGGCUUGCCAUCGUCCGCCGUGGCCAGCAGCCUGUCCCAGUCCCCUCUGCCCCCGCCCUCCCCCUACCCCACGGCCAGCGGGAAGAACCCCGUGAUGAUCCUCAACGAGCUGCGGCCCGGCCUCAAGUACGAGUUCCUGUCGGAGAGCGGGGAGAGCCACGCCAAAAACUUCGUCAUGGCCGUGGCCGUGGACGGGCAGACUUUCGAAGGCUCGGGAAGGAAUAAAAAGCUGGCAAAAGCUCGGGCUGCUCAGUCAGCCCUGGCAUCCCUGUUUAACAUGCAGCUGGACCAGACUCCAUCUCGCCAGCCCAUUCCCAGCGAGGGGCUCCAGUUACACCUGCCACAGGUAUUAGCUGAUGCUGUUGCACGCUUGGUUGUAGAUAAAUUCAGUGAUUUGACAGAAAAUUUCUCAUCUCCACAUGCACGUCGAAAAGUCCUUGCUGGAAUUGUCAUGACAACAGGUACAGAUGUGAAAGAUGCCUUGGUAAUAAGUGUUUCUACAGGAACAAAAUGCAUCAAUGGUGAAUACAUGAGUGAUCGUGGUCUUGCAUUAAAUGAUUGCCAUGCAGAAAUUAUAGCUCGACGGUGUCUGCUGAAAUUUCUCUACACACAACUUGAGCUUUAUCUAAGCAAUAAAGAAGAUCAGCAAAAAUCCAUUUUCAUCAGGUCAGAGCAAGGCGGGUUUAAGCUGAAGGAGAAUGUGCAGUUCCAUCUCUAUAUCAGCACAUCUCCUUGUGGUGAUGCUCGGAUUUUCUCACCCCAUGAAGCAGCACAAGAGGACCAAGGGGACAGACAUCCAAACCGCAAAGCCAGGGGACAGCUGCGGACCAAGAUCGAGUCUGGGGAAGGGACCAUCCCUGUGCGCUCCACCACCACUAUCCAGACCUGGGAUGGGGUCUUGCAAGGAGAGAGGCUGCUGACCAUGUCCUGCAGUGACAAGAUAGCCAGGUGGAACGUAUUGGGUAUUCAAGGAGCCUUACUUAGCCUCUUUGUGGAGCCAAUUUACUUCUCUAGCAUCAUCUUGGGGAGUUUAUAUCAUGGGGAUCAUCUAUCCAGAGCCGUAUACCAGAGGAUAGCAGAGAUAGAAGAUCUACCACCUCUUUAUACACUCAACAGACCUUUACUUAGUGGUAUCAGCAACGCAGAAGCCCGUCAGCCAGGAAAAGCCCCAAACUUCAGUGUGAACUGGACAGUAGGAGACUCUGGCCUGGAAGUCAUUAAUGCCACAACUGGCAAGGAUGAGAUGGGCCGUGCGUCACGGCUCUGCAAGCACGCCUUCUACAGCCGCUGGAUGCGCAUCCACGCCAAGCUUUCCUCCAGCUUGCGCUCAAAGAUCCUCAAGCCCAACCUGUACCACGACACCAAGCAAGGAGCCACUGAGUAUCAAACUGCUAAAGAGUGUUUGUUUAAAGCAUUCCUGAAGGCAGGACUUGGAGCCUGGGUGGAGAAACCCAUAGAACAGGAUCAGUUUUCUCUCACAGUCUAAUUCACAAACUGCACAUCACUUUGGAAAGGGAGUUGUUCUGGAGAUUCCUGGUGUCCAGCAUUGCUUUCUGGCAUCUCCACAGCCGUCAAAACAUCUUUCUGCUCUUGGAGUUGGGUUUCUUUGGGUUUUGUUUGAAACUUCACAGUAGCUGUUUCUGUUUGCCUAAGUGUUGAAACUCAAUGAUGAUCCAACACAUAAUUGUAUAUUUUGUUAUAGGAAAGUAAUUUCUGGUGUAUUUCUAGAAAUACUUUUACUGUAGAAAACUUGCAGUAAGGCUGUCCUUACUGUAUACAAUGACUCAUUUUUUCUGGGUUAAAAUAAUUUCUUUUUUAAUUCAAUGUCAUCAAGUGCAUGAAGAAAUUAAUAGUUUCUCUAGGUUUUACACCACACUUUUAGGAAGUAGCUUAAUUUUUAAAAAAGAAAAUAGGUGACAAAGCUGAUUCUACUCCUCUGCUAACUUGUUUUUCAACUGCAGAUAUUUUUAGUACAUAGACCACAGAGCCAGAAUGGAGUCUGGACAGCUAGUUUUUUCCCAAUUCCUUGCUCUUUAAAACCAGCUGCUGAAAAUUUCAUGUCUUUGAUGUAUGUAUUUAUUAGUCUGUGAGCCAGUUUUUAACGUGCAGCUUUUUAUUCUGUUUUUAAAAAUACAUUUACCUCCCAUUUAUACCCAUUGUGAAGUCUUCAUUUUUUUACCAUUGUAAACUGGAAACAGCAAAAUAAUUAUUUGUAAGUUAAGAAGUUUAGUCUAUAACAUACAGAAGCCUGUUUAGAAGUAGGUGAUUUGUGUAUCCCAGGAACUCACCCGAACACCAUCUGAACUGUAACAGCAAUGUAACAGCUUUAAAAAAUUCUGCUCAUUUUAAGGGCACCAAGCCUGAGUUGCCAAAA